CAGUUGCACAAUGCAAACUAGUGAGUCCUGAGGGCGCAGUUUUUCUGUAUGUGUGUGUGUGAGAGAAUGAACCCGCCGAAUGCCUGUUAACCUGUGAACGGUAAGAAGGAGGAAAGCAGGGAGGGGAAAAUAACUGCUCAAUCGCUAGUCAAGCAGGCAGGGUGUGACUGGACUAUUUGAAACAAGAGCGUUCCAAUGGGCCGCCAGUGCAACAGUGCUGUCAUGUUACACGCGUCUCAACGGAGAGAAAUUAGACAGUAACAAGAGGUAAACUGGAGCUUUCUUGACCUUGGCUUUCAUGCAGUGUGAAUAGAGAUGUUGGUGAUCGGGACGCUGGGCGAGUGGUUUUGGUGGGAUCGUCUCUGGCUGCCGGGGAACCUAACGUGGGCUGAUCUGAAAGAUGAAGACGGUCUCGUCUAUGCCAGACCUUCACACCUUUACAUCACACUGCCAUACGCUCUCAUCUUCCUGAUGGUCAGAUACCUGUUUGAGCGGUUAAUAGCGACACCUCUUGCAGCUUCACUGGGCAUUACAGAGAAAACCAGAUACAGAGCGGAGCACAAUGCUGUUCUUGAACAUCACUUCACUACCAAGUCAAAAAACCCAGGACAGGCAGAUAUUGAUGGCCUGUGUAAAAAAUGCAGCUGGUCGAGUAGACAAGUGGAGCGCUGGUUCAGGAGGAGACGAAACCAGGACCGGCCCGGAGUUCUCAAAAAAUUCAGAGAGGCCAGUUGGCGAAUGAUCUUUUAUCUCUCCGCGUUCAUUGGAGGAAUCAUAGCCUUGUAUGAUAAACCCUGGUUUUAUAGUGUGCCUGAGGUGUGGAGUGACUAUCCGAAACAGUCCAUGUUAGACUCGCAGUAUUGGUAUUAUACUGUGGAGAUGAGUUUCUAUUUGUCGCUUGUCCUCAGAAUAACCUUCGAUGUCAAACGAAAGGACUUUAAAGAGCAGAUCAUCCAUCAUUGGGCCACACUAACGCUCUUGGCUUUCUCCUGGUGUGGAAACUACAUCCGCGUCGGGACAUUGGUCCUACUCAUUCACGACUCCUCAGACAUCCUUCUGGAGUCUGCCAAGAUCUUUAACUACGCCAAAUGGUUCAAAACUUGCAACGGCAUCUUUGUAGUGUUUGCCGCCGUCUUUAUAGUCACCAGACUCAUCAUCUUUCCCUUUUGGAUCAUACACUGCACGUGGGUUUACCCGCCUUUGUAUUACCCACCGUUCUUUGGAUAUUACUUUUUUAACUUCAUGCUCGUCGUUCUCUUGAUGCUUCACAUAUUCUGGGCGUAUCUGAUUCUACGUAUGGUGAAGAUGUUCCUUUUUGGAAGUUUAACCAAAGACGAGAGAAGUGAUAAUGAAGAAGACGAAGAAGAUGGGGAGACUAGCGUGACUGAGGACAAUGAUGGACAUGUGAAAGUGACCAAUGGUUGUAGAGGAGGAGGCGGGGCUAAUCAUCACUGACACCUCUUUUCUCAAACUAUGAAGGACAUUGAAUUUCCCUCAGGGACGCAAGGAGCCAGAAACAUACUUUUGAUUUAUCGUCACACAGAGACUGUGCCAGAGGACCUGUCUAAACAAAUUGCCUCUUUUAAUAAAACUGAAAAAGCUUUUUUCCCCAAUGGGCUUAACUGGAGACACUGUGUGUCUUGGCUGCUUCAAACCUUUUUCCCUUUCAACUUUUUUUUUUUAUUAUGGAACAGGAUCAUAUGGGUAAUUGUGAAAUAACACUUUAAUUGACUCCUCAUUGUUUCUGGAGCUCAAAGAUCACGUCACACUGGCUUCAUCCACCAUUCUGCUGAGUUUUACAUCAACCUCUGCUGUCUAUCAAGAACUGAAAUAAUCUCUUGUCUGUAUUUCUUGCUUAUUAUUUUGAAGACAAACAUCUGCUUGUUUCACUUUAACUUCAGGACAGUGAUGUUUGAGGGGCUCACGGUGGCUCAGUGGUUAGCACUGUCAUCUCACAGGAAGAAGGUCACUGGUUCGAGUCCCGGCUGGGCCAGUUGGCAUUUCUGUGUGGAGUUUGAGUGUACUCCCCGUGUUGGCGUUGGUUUCCUUUGGGUGCACAGUCCAAAGACAUGCGCUGUAGGUGAAUUGGAUGAACUAAAUUGGCAGUAGUGUGUGAGUGUGUGUGUGAAUGUGAUAGUGUAUGGGUCUUUCCCAGUUCUGGGUUUCAGCUUGAAGGGCAUCCGCUGCAUAAAACAUAUGCAGGAAUAGUUGGCGGUUCAUUCCGCUAUGGUGACCCCUGAUAAAUCCAACCCAGGCUCAUUCCAAAAACGUAGUCCCGAGGACGUUUCUGGAGACCGCGAAUUAUGUAGCCGGAGUUACGUAUGGCUGCAUUUCAUUUUUUAAGCGAACGCUGCGGGGCGGUAUGACGCCGUUCCUUUUAGCGCUCGCCGGCUGAACGCUUACCUUCAUUUGGAGGGCUUUCCCGCCGCAACCAGUUUGUAUGGUUAGCUCAUCCUAUGCGUCAGCGGACUCGAGACGCAAGAGAGGAGCCGAUUGGGUGGUCGCCCAGUCAAUCAUUCAGCCAGUCAGACAGACGUUCGUUCGGCAGCGGCCUCUGGUGGGUUCACGCGAGAACAGGGCGGGCGCGAACGGCACUCGCGGGAGACGUCAGAGAAGCCAAAAAGGCGCACACAGCGGCCUCUCGUGGAUUCGCGUAAACCAAAAACUGCAAAAAUACGUACCUCCCGGAACAUAUUUCGCGGUCUCCAGAAACGUCCUCGGGACUAUGUUUUCGGAAUGAGCCUGGGUUGGAUAAAUCAGGGACUAAGCCGAAGGAGAAUUAAUGAAUGAACACUGAUGCUUGAGCUCUAAUGGUAGAGAGUAAAUGUUUCUAUUCAUUCUUACACCAUGUCCUAAACACACACGAAGUGAUGAAGUAACAUACGAUAAAAGCAAUUUUUUCUAUGUUAAAAGGAGUUUUUCUUCUAAGCAUCUGCAACAGCAAUGAGUAAAAUUUCUAUUUUAGAAACAAGACGUCGCAGCAGAACAACAACAUUAAGAUAAUGAUCACCUCAGGUACUGAUUAUGUGCUUUAUUCUCUAUUAAAUGCUAUCAAUGUGAUUUUUUUAAUGUGACAUUUAUUGCAAUACUACUGAAAGAAGCAACAGAUUGUUCUUGAUCUCAGUUCUUGAAAUUUCAAUAAUUAGCAGACAAUUUGAAAAUGAAAGUCAGAAAAGUGACAACCCAACAACAUCAGUCACCCAGUAGCCCAUUAAUAUUCAGAAUCUUAAAAAGGUUUGAUAUGUAUUAGAUUAAAAGCCUUUACCAUUUUGUUGAGAGUGCUGGAGCUGGUAUUUAAAUGUUUCUGAAAUAUCGCGCUGCGUUUGGUGCAGACAGCCAAAUUGUUUGUCGGUGGAAUCUUGUGUGUCGCAUGUGGUUAGGACAUGUGUUAGGAGUCAUUUACACAGAUAGGAGAAAUUUGUAUCAAAAAAACGCGAAACAGCACUUGGGAUUUUUUUAAAGCGCCUCCUGCAGCAUGUUAAUAUCAAAUAAAACCAUUGUCCACGCCAACUUGCUGCUGUAAACAGAGCCGCGACCAGUGGUAUAACGAACAUUGACAAUCAUACUCAAGUAAAAAUACCAUUACUUACAAAAAUGAGUGUAACUAGAGUAUAAAUAUCCAUCUCAAAGUAUGAGUAAAACGUAGCUCAUCUAAAGUAGUCAAGAGUAGUAAGUAUUAGGCUGUGAAAAUUAUUCCAAUUAUUCCAAAUGUAGCUUACAUCAGUACCAUGUUUCUUUCAAGGGUGUUUUUAAGUGUUAACUAUUUGUCAUACAUGCGCUAUAAAUGUGAGACUAACAUGAGAACAUAUUGACAUUACAUUUAAUAUUUGCACCUAUAACAAGCUGACAGAAAGCAGGUUAAUGCAUUUACAUGCGGUGUGAAGUCUGUGUAACCUAAUUUAGCUGUGCUGAUAUGGUAACGUUUAGUUUAUGAACCCUGACUAACAAGUCAUCAGCGGUCUGCAGUUAGCACCGCAAACCAAGCUCAUGCAGCACUGAUAGAAGACAUGCAAUUUGUGAAUGAGUUUGAAAACGUAACAUUCUGUAGUGCAUUUAGUUGUUGUUUAAGGCCAUUUGGUGAUUUCAUUGAUGUAGUCUAAACAGUAGUCAUGUUUUUAUCCAAAGACGCAAAUUAAAUGUAAGUGCAAAACUGGAAUAUUGCAUAAAAUGUGCAAAUAAAGUCUAUCGUCACGUCCUGAUAAACUGGCGCCAAAUAUAAAAAAAAAAUGGAAGUUGCUACGUUAGGAGAAGGCCUUUUUUUCCAUAUAUAAUAACUUACUUGCUUCUUAGACCACAUAGAUGAAAUGCAAUGUGCUUUGCCAUCAUGAUUUAUUUUUUCAGCCAUGUAUUUCUGCUUUAGGCUCUUUUAUUAAUUACUCAAAAUAGUCCAAAGAUUGUCAUAUACUUUUAAAAUCAUCCCGGCUCGCCGUUGUUGGAAGACUCCGCUGAUGUUUUGCAUGAAGGAUGGUCAUCACUUAUUUCUCCUACAUAACAUUUAAAAAGACCAUGUCUGCCAACACUCCUGUUUUUCCCGGGAGUCUCCCGUAUUUCAGACCCAUCUCCCAUAUUGUUCUGACUCCCGGAAAACUCCCGGAAUCCCCCCAUCCCCCGCUCCUCAGCCUUUUGGUACAGUUCGGCCAGCUUUUUGGUACAGUCUCAUUCAUACCAAACCCAGCGCUCAACCAUCUCCAAACCCGCUCUUCACUAUUGCAUGCAGCAACCCCAAUCACCCCCCCCUCCCCGCUCUUCACUAAUCGCACGAUGAUGAUUUAUGAUUUAGCAUCUUCUUGGACACUUUUAAUGCUUCCACACUGUACAUGUUUUAAAUCCAAGGCGCUGUAAAAGAUGCAUGAUGUGAGCGUAAUGGUCAUGCACGUCCAUUUAUUGUUUACAUAGAAAAACAAUGGAAAAAGACGCGCAUUGGAAUAAAAAAAAAUGCAUUGUGUGUGAAUGGCUCCUUACAUUGUAUCUACACUGGAUGCAUCCAACAUUGUUGCUUAUUGCAGUUCACUUUUUUAAAGCAAGCCAUCUGUAUAAUCAUUUGAUGGCUGGAUGUCACUGAGUCUCUGUACUGCUGGUUUGUAAUAUGCAUACUCUAUUCAUGCACUCCCAAUGUCACUGCAUGGCACCAUGCUCAACUCAAAUUACCAGCUGUCAUUGAAAAUGAAGGACAUCAGUCAGUCAAGAGUCGCCUUCAAGUGUGUUUUAUGAAAAUGGCUAGCUUUAAAGUGUCUAUCCAUCCAUCCAUCCAUCCAUCCAUCCAUCCAUCCAUCCAUCCAUCCAUCCAUCCAUCCAUCCAUCCAUCCAUCCAUCCAUCCAUCCAUCCAUCUAUCUAUCUAUCUAUCUAUCUAUCUAUCUAUCUAUCUAUCUAUCUAUCUAUCUAUCUAUCUAUCUAUCUAUCUAUCUAUCUAUCUAUCGGUCCGUCCGUCCGUCCGUCCAUCCAUCAAUCUAUCUAUCUAUCUAAUACCAGAAGAUAACUGAUGCAUCUAGUGUAGACAGUUUCAUAAAAUAUUAUGUACGUGACUUAAAACUACCUAAGUAUAUCUGAGGAAUCGUGUAUGUGGAAUCAUGUUUGUAUGUUGGAAUAUUCACAUCUGCGAGUGACUGAUUUGUUAUGUGUUUUAGGCUAUUUAAUUAGUUGACGUAUGAAUGAUUGACUACAGAAUAAACUGAUGUAAAUGAGGUCAGACCUUUGCCAAAGAUAUUAUAUGACAAAUCAUUUUUGUUUGUAUUGGGUGAUGCAGAGACCCACAGAUCAACGGAGAUGGUUCUGAGACUUUUAUGUAGUGCAUUUACUGUUUUAUGCACUGAAUGUGUAAAGGCUUUGUUGAAGGAUAUUUUUUUAAAUGUUUAAACUUAAUUUUGGAGUAAUAAACAUUUUGAUCAAGUA